AGUUGAUUUUCUUAAAUUCGGUCAUUCGGAUGCGGAUCUCUUACAUUUGUGUGCAUUCAUUUGCAAUGUGCCGAAUGAGGAUUGCGGAAUAAUUAAAAUGCCGAUAUUUAAAAUUAAACUAUAUAGGUAUACACAAGACACUGGUCCGCAUUCACUAAUUCCUUGUUCUGAAUUACGCAUUUGAUGCAGAGCAGAGCUGUUGUAGAAUAAGGGAAUAUUUAAGGUUACGUUUUACUGGCCGACCCCGCGUGUCGGUGUGUGUGCGAAAACCGCAAGUUGCGAUUUUUGUAUAAUAUUUAUUAUUUACAUAUCAGAGAAAAAUGUCAAUCGCAACAAGUCGACAAUUAUUUUCACGUCUGUUAAGUGCUAAUAGUAAAAAGUGUAUGAAAUGUUUUGCGAACGUAAGGUUUAAAUCAGAUCAGACAGACAAAAAGGAUAAUGACUUAAAAGUGUCAGGAAAAAUAGAACAUGCAGUACUCAAAAAGUUUUCAGAACCUCUGCAAAUCGAAAGUGUUGAUCCUCCAAAAAUAUUACAGUCCACAGAGGUUCUAAUUGAUGUGAAUUAUUGUGCUUUAAAUGGGCUCGAUGUACUUCUUAUUGAAAAUUUGUACACCCACGAACAAAGUUUACCAUUUGUGCCUGGCUAUGAAGUGUCUGGAAAGUUAAUUGAAGUUAGCGAAGGGGCGAAAAAAGCUGGUUACAAUGUUGGAGACAAAGUGAUUGCACUCAACAAAAAUCGAUUUGGUGGACUAGCUGAACAGUGUGUUGCUGAAAUUGAUGAUGUCUGGAAAAUACCAACUUCUAUUAAAUCAAUUGAUGCAGUAUGUUUACUGGAGAAUUACGUGACAGCAUUAAUUGGUCUUGAACAAUAUGGAUCUAUUUCAGAGGAAGAUAUGGUUUUGGUUAACGUUGGCAUUGGUGGUAUUGGACUUGCAGCAGUGGACAUUGCAGCAAAUAUAUUUAGGGCUAAGGUUAUCGGAGUAGGGUUCUCAGAAGAUAGAGCAGACAAAAUAAGAGAUAGAGGUGCAUUCCAUGCUUUUACUUACAAAGAAAAGAAACUUAUACAAGAAAUUGAAGAAAUUGCUGGAGAACGUGGUAUUGAGAAAAUUUUUGAAGGAGAUAGUGGCGAGCAUUUCAAAAAAGUGCUGAAUAGCUUUAUGAACGUGUAUAAAUCAAAACCUCCUUCUAAAAACUUGCUACGAGACGACAAUUUUGGUGUAGUUGUGCAGCAUUUAUCCAGAGAAGGUCGAAUUUUAAUUGCUGGAGUUGCUGACACAAAUCCUAACAAAAAUGAUGAUAAGGAUUGGUUUACUGUAACUGGUAUAAGCUUGAAGGAGUGCAGAGAAAGGAAACUUGAAUUGUACAGGACAACUGGAGACGAUGUUAUAUCAUUUUUUGAAGAAGGGCUUAUAAAACCAGUUCCAUCCUUGGUUGCAGGGUUUUACAAAGUUAAUGAUGCUGUAAAGUUUGUUUCUGAAAUGAAAGCAUCUGGAAAGGUCGUUAUCGAUAUGAAAAAUAAGGAUGCUGAAGUGAAAUCUAACUAGCAGAAAAUAUUCAAAGGCUUUAAUGACGUAUGUAAGUCAAAAAUGACUGGCUGAUUUUGCAAGAAUUGUUAUUUGUUAUUUAAAAUAUUGUAAAAAGAAUUAAAAAAACAAGACUGCUUAGUUCACCUUAAAUAACUUUCAAAAAAAUUGUCUACCUAGUCGCAAUGAGGUAAUUUGUACAAAAUAGGAAACAAAUAAAAAAUACAUUUUCUAAGUUAAAA